UGUCGCCUUAUCCUGUGCGGGCGCGGGCGCUCCCCGGGGUGGCGGGAGCGAGGGCGCGCCUCGAAUUCCCGAGCCCGGCAAAGCUCGGCGCGGGGCCCCGCCCCCGAAACAGCUGGGGACUCAGCUUCUCCCUGUUUUCUGCACGGUGGAGCCUGUCUGCUGAUCGGCGUGGGCGCCGAGGUUGCAGCGUGCCUGCGGACGUCGUUCCUGGGCGUGAGGAGAAGCAAGGGGUGACCCCUGGGUGGGUGAAGCUCCACGUCUUCAUCCUUGUCUUCCACCCUGGUGUGGACCCCUGGCUACAGGAUGAACUGUCGCUCAGAGGUGCUAGAGGUGUCCGUGGAGGGGCGGCAGGUGGAGGAGGCCAUGCUGGCUGUGCUGCACACGGUGCUUUUGCACCGCAGCACAGGCAAGUUCCACUACAAGAAGGAGGGCACCUACUCCAUCGGCACCGUGGGCACCCAGGACGUCGACUGUGACUUCAUCGACUUCACCUAUGUGCGUGUCUCCUCUGAGGAGCUGGACCGUGCCCUGCGCAAGGUUGUCGGGGAAUUCAAGGAUGCGCUGCGCAACUCUGGUGGCGAUGGGCUGGGCCAGAUGUCCUUGGAGUUCUACCAGAAGAAGAAAUCUCGCUGGCCUUUCUCUGACGAGUGCAUCCCAUGGGAAGUAUGGACCGUCAAGGUGCAUGUGGUAGCCCUGGCCACGGAGCAGGAGCGGCAGAUCUGCCGGGAGAAGGUGGGCGAGAAACUCUGCGAGAAGAUCAUCAAUAUCGUGGAAGUGAUGAACCGGCACGAGUACCUGCCCAAGAUGCCUACGCAGUCAGAGGUGGACAACGUGUUUGACACAGGCUUGCGGGACGUGCAGCCCUACCUCUACAAGAUUUCUUUCCAGAUCACUGACGCCCUGGGCACCUCGGUCACCACUACCAUGCGUAGGCUCAUCAAAGACACCCUUGCCCUCUAGGCCUUGCUGAGCCUUGGGAGCUUCUCGAUGGCUCCCAGAACGUGGCUCCUGGGGCUGUACUGUUAAGCCUUUGGGCUCUGGGACUCUGGGUCCUUGGUGAGACUGGGAAGGGGCAGUGCCUGCCUUCCUCGAUGUGUGGUUGCCAGCCUCGGGUCAUCCCCAUAACCUUUGCUGACAGUCAAGUCCUACACUGUCUCCCUCUUCCUUCACUGUACUGGAGAGCCACCACGAAGGUGGGGAAUAAAGCUGAGAACGUGA